AUGUUGAAAGAUGAAAUAUCCUCCAGGAAGUGGGCAAUAGCAAUUAUCUUCUGGUCACAGACUAUGGUAGGAAUUCUGGGCAAUUUCUCUCUUCUUUACCAUUACCUGUUCCUUUCCCACACAGAAUGCAAGUGGAGGGCUACAGAUUUGAUUCUCAAGCACCUGACUCUGGCCAACUCAUUGAUUAUUCUCUCUGAAGGAGUCUCCCAGACAAUGGCAGCUUUUGGGCUGAAACACUUUUUCACUGAUUUUGGAUGCAGUCUUCUUUUGUAUGUUUCCAGAGUGGGCAGGGGUGUAUCCAUUGGCACCACUUGCCUCUUGAGUGUGUUCCAGAUCAUCAUGAUCAGCCCCAUGAAUUCCUGUUGGAAGGCUCUUAAAGUCAGAGCUCCAGAGUACGUUGGCUACUCCAUUUCCCUCUGCUGGAUCCUCUACUUGUUUGUGAAUUUAAUUUUUCCUAUGUAUGCGUUGUAUGUGUCUAGCCAAUGGAGCCUGAGGAACAUCACAAGGACAAGAGAUUUUGAGUUCUGUUUUGCUAAUGAUCAUAAGAUAGUCACAGGCUCAUUAUAUGUAACAUUAAUAGUAUUCCCUGAAGUUUCCUUUUCUGUGAUCAUAAUCUGGACAAGUGGUUCCAUCAUUUUCACCCUGUACAGGCACAAGCAGCGUGUCCAACAUAUUCACAGGAAAAAUAGUACCCCCAGAUCCUCCCCUGAGUUCAGAGCCACCCUAAGCAUCAUUGUCCUGGUGAGCACUUUUCUAUCUUUUCAAUCCAUCUCUUCCAUCUUUCAACUUUGUAUUUCUCUAAUUUAUAAUCCCACUUCGUGGUUGGUGGACACUGCUUCCUUAAUUUCUGUGUGUUUUCCCUCUGUCAGCCCCUUUCUGCUCAUGAGCCGUCACUCCAGUGUAUCCUGGCUCUGCCCUGUGUGGAUAAGGAAUAGAAAAUCUCCUAAUCUUAUCAAAAAAUGUAAAUUGACUGUUUUGGCACAAUGUUCAGUUUUUUAUGCAUUCACACACUUGAAAUAUCAACUCAGAAUCUAA